GUAGCCCAAAAUAAGAGCAUUGAUUCCUCCUCUACCUGCUCAGAGCUGAGAAUGAAGCGGAGAGCAUCAGACAGAGGAGCUGGGGAAACGUCGGCCAGGGCAAAGGCUCUAGGAAGUGGGAUUUCCGGAAAUAAUGCAAAGAGAGCUGGACCAUUCAUCCUCGGUCCCCGUCUGGGCAACUCACCGGUGCCGAGCAUUGUGCAGUGUUUGGCAAGGAAAGAUGGCACAGAUGACUUCUACCAGCUGAAGAUCCUGACCCUGGAGGAGAGGGGAGACCAAGGCAUAGAGAGCCAGGAGGAACGGCAAGGCAAGAUGCUGCUGCACACUGAGUACUCGCUGCUCUCCCUCCUCCACAUGCAGGACGGCGUGGUUCACCACCAUGGCCUCUUCCAGGACCGCACCUGUGAGAUUGUUGAGGACACAGAAUCCAGCCGAAUGGUUAAGAAGAUGAAGAAACGCAUCUGCCUUGUCCUGGACUGCCUCUGUGCACACGACUUCAGCGACAAGACUGCCGACCUCAUCAACCUGCAGCACUACGUCAUCAAGGAGAAGAGGCUCAGCGAGCGGGAGACCGUGGUCAUCUUCUAUGAUGUGGUUCGUGUGGUGGAGGCCCUGCACCAGAAAAACAUCGUGCACAGAGACCUGAAGCUGGGAAACAUGGUGCUCAACAAAAGGACGCAUCGAAUCACCAUCACCAACUUCUGCCUCGGGAAGCAUCUGGUGAGCGAGGGGGACCUGCUGAAGGACCAGAGGGGGAGCCCUGCCUACAUCAGUCCUGACGUGCUCAGCGGCCGGCCGUACCGUGGUAAGCCCAGUGACAUGUGGGCCCUGGGCGUGGUGCUCUUCACCAUGCUAUAUGGCCAGUUCCCCUUCUACGACAGCAUCCCACAGGAGCUCUUCCGCAAGAUCAAGGCUGCCGAGUACACCAUCCCUGAGGACGGGCGGGUUUCUGAGAAUACUGUGUGUCUCAUUCGGAAGCUGCUUGUCCUCGACCCCCAGCAGCGCCUGGCCGCCACUGAUGUCCUGGAGGCCCUCAGUGCCAUCAUUGCAUCAUGGCAGUCCCUGUCAUCUCUGAGCGGGCCUUUGCAAGUGGUUCCUGACAUCGACGACCAAAUGAGCAAUGCAGACAGCUCCCAGGAGGUGAAGGUGACAGAGGAGUGCUCCCAGUACGAGUUUGAGAACUACAUGCGGCAGCAGCUGCUGCUGGCGGAGGAGAAGAGCUCCAUCCACGAGGCCCGGAGCUGGGUGCCCAAGCGGCAGUUCGGCAGCGUGCCGCCAGUGCGGCGGCUAGGCCACGACGCCCAGCCCAUGACCUCCUUGGACACAGCCAUCCUGGCACAACGCUACCUGCGGAAAUAGCAGCUUCGGCCAGGGGCACCAGCACCGCCACCACCUCUUCCAGCCCCCAGCCAGGGCUUGGCUGUGGGGGCUGAGCCCUGUAGUGCUAGACUCUCCCGGGCUGCAACGGGGACAGGGCAGGGACAGGGACAGCCCAGGUCACACGUGGGGUCAGCAGAGGUACCACGAAGCUACCUUUUGGGAUGACUGCUAGAUAACUAAUCUGCUUUUAAUCAUGACGUUUUAAUCUACCUCUGUCUCUUUAACCAUGCUGUCUCUGGACUGAGAGGGAAGAGAGAGCCUGCCCGCCCACCCCAGGGCCUGACCCAGCCGCUGCCCACCUAACCCGGGCGCUGCUCCCCACAGUCCAAAUAAGCUGAAAGUGCAGCUCACUGCUGGCCCCCAGAAUGAGCGCCCACUCCCCCUUCUCCCCUAGGCACCUGCCACAGCCUGUUUCCAUCCCUCCCUUCUGACCCCAGGCCCCUCAGUCCAAGCUUUGGAAAACCUUCACCUCAUCCUAAGCUGAAUUCAAAUAUAUUUAUUUUUUUACUGUAACCAGCUUCUCUCCCAUCUCUAGGUGGCUCGCCCAUGGCCACUCCCUGUCCCCAGCCUGGCUGGACAGCAGGGAGUCCACAGCCCACACGGGGGCUCCCUCCUCACCCCCCAGGCACAGAGAAGCCCUUCCUGCCAGCCCUCUCCACUCAGCCCACCAGUCCCUCUGCUUCCAGUGAUGGGAGGCCUCUCUAGACCUGGCUCUCUCUCCCAUCUCAGUAGCUUCUCUGAGGUGCUGUACACGCGCAUUAACUGUUCCUUCUCCAUCCUCCACCGUGGUACCGAGGUAAUGUGGACUCACAAUGUGAAGGGGCCUGGUGGAUGACUGGGGAGGAGGGCCAUGGGCUUGGCUGUGAGCAGGGGACCCUGCCCCGUGCUUCCCACCCCCACCCUGCUUUUGUGUUCAGGGGACAGUGGGGGCACCCCCCUGUACCCUUGCCUCAUGACAGAUGUGGUGUCUCUCCCAGUAGACCCUGGCCAGUGUCCUUCAUGGCAGGUGGGGGCCUGGGGAGAGAAUCGUAGGGCUUGGGGGACCCUGCCCUGCCUGACUUGAGAACAGCCCUGCUGCCCUUUUGAGCCGAGAUUUUGAAGUGGAUGCCCGUCUUGCCAGAAAUGCUGUUCUCGCCAGAAAUGCUGUUCUCACCAGAAUGCCCUCUCCUCCCCUCCCCUCACUCGACUUGGCCCUACCUAAUGCCAAGCAAAGACCCUUUCCCAGAGGCCUACCCCCAUAUGCCCUCAGAGAGGCUGAGUGUCCCCUCCAGGCAGCCCUGGGCCCUCAGGGCCUUCCUGCCUGUCUUUGCUCCCCAGUGGGGAGGUGACUGUGUUUCCCAGAGUGUGAGCUGCCCUCCUUCCCCUCAAAAGCUGACUCACUGUGAGUGACCUUGGGCAAGUUCCCAAACCUCCUUGUGCCUCAGUUUCCCCAUCUGGAAAAAAUGGGGCCACCUCUUGCCAGCAGUAGCAGGGCCGCCCACGCCCCUUCCUCCCCAUGCCCCCAUCCAGCACUUGGGCGCCUCAUGCCUCUGCCUCAGUGGGUUUGUGGGAGCCCGCCUGAGCCCAGCACUUACUCCCCCUGAGCACCAAACUCUGCGUCUUUCUCAGCCAUCCAGCUGCUGAGAGCCAGGGUAUCGUGCUGUGGGGAUGGGGGAUGCCCUCUUUUCUAUAUUUAUUUCGUAAAGAGAUGUCUCCUAAGGGAGCAGAAAUGCAGGCUGGUCUAGGGCUCCCAGCCCUUUGACUGAGUCCUCCGGUGAGGGUCUGAGGCUUGCCAGGGCCUAUCUCUACGGAGCCCCUGGCCAGACUCUUGGGUCUGCUUUCCAUGUGUGGUCUUUCUCCACCCUUUCAGAGCAAUACCCUUGGGGUCUGCAGAGCCCCGUCAGACAGACGGGCCCCUCCCAAGGUCUACCCACAAGUCUGAUGACAUUUCUAGUGAAGCACAUGAGAGGAGGCUGGGGCUGCCCUCACUGGGUGUCACACACUGAGAGAAGUCCUGUUGUAAAGAAACAAAAUGGAAAAAAGUCACAAAAAAGUUUGUAUAAAGACAUAUUUUUGUACUACAUGGGGACUCUUCCUGCAUGUCAGCAAUAAAACUUCCUGAUCUGGAGCCA